AUGAUUGAAGUGACGGUAUCACGUCGAGACUCGUCAGUAUCCGCCACGUCUUCUCCUGACGAACUUGUAUGUAAUAUACUUGCUAAAGAUAAUCCAGUGGUGACGGCAUCAUUAGUCUCUGCAUUAAGCAACGACGCGUUGCUCGCGCACUUUGUCACGUUCGUUGCGCGUGUGGAUUCCGACAGUGAGCAGACACUCCCGGACGGCCCUGAUGCUGCAAAAGUGGCGACUACUGAAGAUGUCGCCAACCGUCGUGAAGACGAGACGCAGGACAAUGUGACUGAAGAGCUCGUGACGUCUUAUCGUGCGACGAUGCUGUUGACGAACGACGAUACGGCCGAGGCGCUACUCACGUUCCUCGGGGACAAGAGCAAGCUACUGACGCGAUGUCUGUUCCGCGUAUUCCAGUGUGACGCUAAAGGAAAUUUGCGGCAUGCCUGUCGGGUCAUCGAUCAGCUGUUACGCUUCUAUCUGGACGACGUGUACGACGUGCUGGGCAAAGAUGCCUCAACCGUAGCGAGAUAUAUGGGAGCCAUGCUGCCGUAUCUGGAGCAUGCUCCCGUAGCCGAGCUGUUCUUAACACUGGUAUGCAAACCUCACAGUGCUGCGGCCAUGAGAUUUUACACUUCGACACCGCCAAAAAAAUGGGCGUUCUUCCGGGCGUUAUCCGAGUGGAAGGUGCUAUUAGUUUUGGCAAACCAUGUCUGUAGUACCGAGUAUGGAGAGACCCAUACAGUUGGAGCCGCAGACGUCUUUGUGGAACUGCUGGACCGACUUGCGGCGGACGAGAAUGGGCAGUUGCUGUUGCAGCCAGCUGCCUACUGUCCAGAGUUGUUAGAGGGAUUGAUUCGAGCAGCGGUUGAAUUGGAGGAUAGCAAAAAGACAAUGCAGAGAUCGGUGGGACAACGCACUGCUGCAAUGAAGUGCGUGUUUCGAUUGCUGCAGAAGAGCACGUUGGAAAAAGUGCAAGGACCGCCGACGAGUCCGUACCAGUCUUUUGGUGCUACGAUCGUGAAUCUAGUUCCAAAUCAGCUGGGACCUCUGCGCGAAAAAAUAUAUGAGCUUGUGGAACAACACCUUGGCGAACUUUUGAAAUACCUCAUUCAGAAGUAUGUGAGUCAGCAGAAUAUCGAGAUGCCAAAUGAAGCGUCUGGAAAGCCACUGCCGGAGGGUGCAGUUCGUCACACGGCAUAUGUGGUGAAGGUUCCUUUUACGGAAUUGCGUCUUAUGCUUGUGGAGACACUGGUGGAAGUCAUGGCACACAACCCGCGUUUGAUGAGUGAACACUUUGAUGUAAAUGUAUGGCGCGUACUGGUCACAUGGUUCUUCGAGUAUUCUCACAACAAUCUGUAUCACGCAGCUUUCUAUCAGCUUGUAUUUAUUGCACUGCGCACGGACAACCAGCAGGCACUAAAGGUGCUCGUGAAGAAGCUUAGGCUGGCCACGUUAUUGGUGGAACAUUACCGUGCAGAUGGCGACGUUACCAGCAACAAGGGUUACAUUCUGCAAAUCUGCAAUGCCAUUCGUCUACAAGCAGCCUCACAGUCGCCUGAUGCGUUUUUGCGCAAUUUUUUGCAGUCGCACACGACAUGGCGUGGGUUUGAGAAGGAAUUGCGCGACCGAACUAAUUCGCUUUGCGUAAAUGGUCUUGGAUUUACGGUUCCCCAAGCCGUCCGCCCUGGUUAUCAGAAGGGUUCAUGGCAAAUGCUGAACGAAGAGCAGGAUGCUGGAAUUGAUCAUGGAUCUGAGUUUGCGCGCUCAUUAGGUUUCAUGGAUGAUGUCGCGUGGCCAGAAGAUGAUGCAAUGGAUGGUAACAAGAAACGGAAGAAAAAGAAAAGAGGCAAGAUGAAUUUGCCAGCCCGACCCCGUAAUGGUAUGCAUGACGCGUACGAGGCAGAUAGUACCGAUGACGAAUUCACCAGUAAGCCUGAGGACAUUGCUGCGGCGGCACUGAUAGCGGCCGAGGAGGCUGAGCUAGCUGCAAACGGGUCUAGAGGCUCGAAAGUUGGUACGGCAAACGGAGCAAGUACAUUAAAGAAGAAAAAAAGCAAUAAGAAACAGCACAAGAAAUAG